UUCGUUAUUCGCUUCCUCUCGUUCCUAAGCUUUCUUCCCCUCAGAAGACGAGCAUGGCCGCCAAGAAAAACCAUCCCGUCUUCCUUCUUCUGCGCCUGCUGCUGCUCUCAAUCAUAUCGAUGAAGGUGGCAAUGGCGGAAGUGGUGACCCCGCCGCUGCUGCCGUACAAGAACCCAACCCUCCCCGUCGAAGCACGCGUCAACGACCUCCUCUCCCGGAUGACUCUCGCUGAGAAGAUCGGCCAGAUGACGCAGAUUGACCGCUCCGUCGCCUCACCCGCUGUUCUCCGCUCCCAGUUCAUCGGGAGCGUUCUGAACGGAGGAGGGAGCAACCCGGCAGAGGAUGCCACGCCGGAGAUGUGGGCGGAUAUGAUCGACGGCUUCCAGGAGUCUGCGAUGGACACGCGACUGGGGAUCCCUGUCAUCUACGGCACCGACGCCGUCCACGGCCAUAACAACGUCGUCGGAGCUACCGUCUUCCCUCACAACGUUGGCCUCGGCGCGGCAAGGGAUAAAGACCUCAUGAGGAGGAUAGGGAUCGCAACGGCGCUUGAGCUCCGGGCAACCGGAAUCCCGUACACAUUUGCUCCUUGUCUUGCGGUGUGCAGGGACCCGAGAUGGGGACGGUGCUACGAAAGCUACAGUGAAGAUACGGAGGUAGUGAGGAGUAUGGCGGAGAUCAUAAUUGGUCUUCAAGGCUCUCCACCAUCUGGCCACCCCAGAGGAUACCCUUUCAUAGCUCAAGGAGGCAACAGCGUGGCGGCGUGUGCUAAGCAUUUCACCGGCGACGGUGGGACGGUGAGGGGCAUCAACGAGAACAAUACGAUAGCAAGCUACCCGGAGCUCUUUCACGUUCACAUCAAGCCGUACCUCGAUGCCGUCGCCAUGGGUGUCUCCACGGUCAUGGUCUCCUAUUCGAGCUGGAACGGCGUCAAGAUGCACGCCAAUCCCUACCUCCUCACCAGGGUCCUCAAACAAGAAAUAGGCUUCCAGGGGUUUCUGAUCUCCGACUGGGAGGGCGUUGAUCGGAUAACCAGCCCACCAGGUCGGGACUACAAGACCAGUGUCCUAGCAGCCAUCAUCGCCGGGAUCGACAUGAUUAUGGUUCCUUACGACUAUGUGCGCUUCAUAGGAGAUGUCACCGAUCUGGUGGCUGAGGGCCGAAUCCCAAUGAGCCGCAUCGACGACGCAGUCAGCCGGAUACUCAGGGUCAAGUUCGUUGCCGGUUUGUUUGAACAGCCCCGGGCGAAUCGAACCCUCUUGAACCAAGUCGGGCACAAGGACCACCGGGAGCUGGCUAGGGAGGCAGUAAGGAAGAGCCUGGUUCUGCUGAAGAACGGGAAGAACAAGCCCAUGCUGCCCCUUAGCAGGAAAGCACCAAGGAUUCUGGUUGCGGGGACGCACGCCCACGACGUCGGUUAUCAGUGUGGUGGAUGGACGGUCUCCUGGCAGGGCGGCAGCGGCAACACCACCAGCGGGACGACCAUCUUGGAAGGUAUAAAGGAAGCGGUAAGCAAGCGGACGGAAGUGGUCUACGAGCAACGGCCGAAUGAAGCCUUCUUCAGGAACGCCAAGAACUUCUCCUACGCCAUCGUGGUGGUAGGGGAGCUCCCCUAUGCCGAGACGGACGGCGACGAUCCCAACCUGGUGCUGCCGCUCGGUGGCGACAAGAUCAUCGAAGACGUUUGCUCGAGAAUUCGGUGCCUCGUGAUCUUGAUCUCCGGGCGGCCCCUCGUCGUGGAGCCGUACUUGGACUCCAUCGACGCGCUGGUGGCCGCUUGGCUACCCGGCAGCGAGGCAGGACCAGGUAUAGCGGACGUCAUCUUCGGUAAGUACGACUUCCAGGGGAAACUGCCCAGAACGUGGUUCCGUCGGGUCGAUCAGCUGCCCAUGAACGUGGACGACGCGCACUACGACCCGCUCUUCCCCUUCGGCUUCGGCCUCAGAAUGAAGGUCCGGUCACGGCACCCUUCCCCCGACGGCAUCUCCUUUUCUUCUACAGCAGCGUCGUCUUCUUCUUUCUUUCCUUCUUAUUGAUAUGGUAACCGUCGUUUGUAAAGGUCAUUUUUUCUGGGCUCCUUGUGCCAAUCGUUGCAUAAAUGUGGCCCAUUUGUUUGUGGCUGCUUCGCGCUGUGGACAAAAUUUGUUACGAGUCGGGAGAUAAUGAUGUGUACUUACUAGUUAUGGUAAUGUGUCUUAUAUGCUCUAGUUACCAGAGCAGACGUAUACUGCCUGCUAUUUGUAUCGCAUAUUUUGAAGCUAAAGAUUGGAGAGGGGUUUACUACACGUGGCCUGGAUGCAGGUUUGUAAUCCAGGCCCCAACGCCACGUGAACCAUCUUUUUCAUUGCUUUUUU